CGACCGACCACUACUACUACUACUACUACUAAGUGCCGUUACAAAGGCAAGACUUUCGCAAUCUACCUGAACCUGAACAUGAGAAAGCCGUGUGUAUAUUAGUGUGACCGCUGAUCCUAAGGCGGGCCAGGACAGUCUCCUUCUUACGAACACAUCUGGAUCACAGAAGCCAAGUCAUGGGUGGAGGCAGCAGCACCCCCACAGGCCCAGACCCUCCCACCAGGCCCGCCCCUCAACCUGCAGCGGGGGACGGUAUCAGCUCCAUCAAAACCACGGGUGUCUUUAAAGCGGUGAACUUUGAACUCUACGUAAAGCCGAACAUUGCUGUGAUGACGUUUGGUGUGAUAGCCAUCGGGUGCAGCACAGCUUAUCUUGCCUACAUGAAAUCGCAGAUGCAGGGCUCCAAAACAUAUGUUGCAAUAGCAGAAGAUGAUACAAAGUUGCUCAUUCAGAAAAAGUCUAAAUGGGAUUGAGUUAGUUUAUAUUUGUGCUAUACAUGUAAAUAAACUUUUGUAAUAUAUAUUUAAACAUCA